AUGGUCACUGCACACCCUGUCCCUGAAGGCUUCACCGAAAUAGAAGUGUUUGCCAUCGGCACUGCCCUGCUGGUAGAAGCUCUGCUUGGUUUCUGUCUGAAUGGCUUGACAAUUAUUUCUUUCCGAAAAAUCAAAGAGCUCCGAACGCCCAGCAAUCUGCUGGUUCUCAGCAUUGCCAUGGCCGACUGCGGGAUUUGCAUCAACGCCUUCAUCGCUGCCUUUUCCAGCUUCCUCAGAUACUGGCCCUAUGGCUCUGAUGGCUGUCAAGUGCAUGGCUUCCAUGGUUUCCUGACAGCACUGGCCAGCAUCAGCUCCAGCGCUGCCAUCGCCUGGGACCGAUACCAUCACUACUGUACAAGGAGCAGGCUGCAGUGGAGCACAGCUGCCUCCAUGAUGGUGUUUGCAUGGCUCUUUGCUGCCUUCUGGUCCGUGAUGCCCUUACUGGGGUGGGGAGAAUACGACUACGAGCCCCUCCGAACCUGCUGCACCCUGGACUACAGCAAAGGGGACAGAAACUAUGUCACAUUCCUUUUGGCUCUGUCCACAUUCAAUUUCCUGAUCCCAGGCUUCAUCAUACUGACAGCCUAUCAGUCCAUACACCAAAAGUUCAGGAAAACUGGGCAAUUUAAGUUUAAUACUGGUUUGCCACUGAAGACACUGGUCAUUUGCUGGGGUCCCUAUUGCCUCCUGUGCUCCUAUGCAGCAGUGGAAAAUGUGAUGUUCAUUCCACCAAAAUACCGCAUGAUUCCUGCCCUCAUCGCCAAGUCUGUGCCAACAGUGGAUGCCUUUGUAUAUGCCCUGGGAAAUGAGAACUACCGAGGAGGAAUAUGGCAGUUCCUCACAGGACAGAAGAUUGAGAAAGCAGAGGUUGAUAACAAAACUAAAUAACCCAUCAUGGCAUUAAAGAAAAUUACUGCGGGUAUGUCACUGAAAGCAAAAUUCAAGAGAAAACUGAGUGCAUUCUCUGAUACGUGCAAAGGUGGUUC